AUGGCUAACUACUACUCUCUUUUGAUAACUUGUUUGGCCUUCCUUUCCUCCUUAUUAUUCAACUCAUGCCACAGCUUCAAUCCCAAAUAUUCCAAGGAUUGGGGCUGGGAUUCCCCUAACUUGGGUACUCCCUCGAAUUAUGGUUCAGGGUCAGGUUCGCCCCUUGGCUCGGGUACUCCCCCGACUUAUGGCUCGCCUUCGAAUGAUGGUCCCGGAUCAGGUUCACCCUCAGACUCGGGUACUCCACCGACUUAUGGUCCACCCCCGAAUUAUGGUUCGGGAUCAGGUUUGCCACCACCUUCGAGUUACGGUUCUACCCCUGGGUAUGGUUCGGGCUCGCCACUACCUCCGAGUUCCGAUUCGAUCCCACCUCUAUCCCCGAGUUACGGUUCGACCCCACCUCCACCCCAGAGUUACGGUUUGACCCCACCUCCACCCCAGAGUUACGGUUCGACCGCACCUCCAACCCCAAGUUACGAUUCGACCCCACCUCCAUCCCCAAGGUCGGGGGGAUGGGCAACUACUCAAGCAACUUGGUAUGGAGAGAAGACCGGUGCUGGAAGCGACGGUGGUGCGUGCGGGUAUGAAACCGCCGUCGAGAAGGCUCCGUUUUCUUCUCUAAUAACUGCAGCUGCGAGUCCUCUCUACAAAAAUGGCGAUGGCUGCGGUUUAUGUUACCAGGUAAAAUGCACUUCGGAACAUUGUUCGGGUAAACCGGUGACUGUGGUAGUAACGGAUGAGUGCCCCGGCUGCGGUGGUAAUCACUUGUUCGAUUUAAGCGGCACUUCAUUUCGACAAAUGGCUAAUCCCGGACAAGAACAACCACUUCAAGACAGAGGAAUCAUCAAUGUUCAAUAUCAAUCGGUUCCGUGCAAUUUUCUGGGCACAAAUGUGGCGUUCCGAGUUGACCCGGGCUCCAACGAGAACUAUCUCGCGGUGGCCAUCGAAUACGAAGAUGGAGACGGGCUGACAGGUGUCGCCGUGAGGAAGUCCAACACGAAUGGUGAUUGGCUCCCGAUGACUUUGUCUUGGGGUGCCGUGUGGAAGGCUAACCUCAAUGGGAUUUCGCCACCGUUUUCCUUCAAGUUGACCGACUCCUCGAAAACUGUGGUGGCCGAAAACGUUAUUCCGGCCGAUUAUAGCUUCACGACCUACACAUCCAACUGUGAAACUGAUGAGUGGUGUAGCAAAAGAGCUAGAAUGGUUCCGUGCAAUUUUCCGGGCACAAAUGUGGCGUUCCGAGUUGACCCGGGCUCCAACUCGAACUAUCUCGCGGUGGCCAUCGAAUACGAAGAUGGCGAUGGGCUGACAGGUGUCGCCGUGAGGAAGUCCAACACGAAUGGUGAUUGGCUCCCGAUGACUUUGUCUUGGGGUGCCGUGUGGAAGGCUAACCUCAAUGGGAUUUCGCCGCCGUUUUCCUUCAAGUUGACCGACUCCUCGAAAACCGUGGUGGCCGAAAACGUUAUUCCGGCCGAUUAUAGCUUCACGACCUACACAUCCAACAAUCUCUGCUCGCCCGAACCGGUGACGGUGACGAUAACCGAUUCGAGCUUGGAUAUUGAUCACUUAUUUGAUUUAAGUGGCACUGCCUUUGGAAAAAUGGCCAUCCCUGGAAAAGAAGACCAACUUCGGAGCAAGGGAAUUGUGGAUAUUCAAUAUAAGAAGGUGGACUGCAAUUAUAAGGGGGCAAAUGUGGCAUUCCGAGUCGACAAAACCUCAAACCAGUACUAUUUCGCGAUGGCUGUACAAUACGUUAAUGGUGAUGGGCUCACGGGAGUCGAGCUCAGGCGGGCGAACACGAACGAUACUUGGCUCCCGAUGAAAAUAUCUUGGGGCGGUGUUUAUCGGGUUAACUUACCCGCUGGCUAUGGCCCGCCGUUUUCAGUCCGCCUGACCCAGUCCUCGAAAACCGUGGUGGCCAAAAACGUGAUUCCGGCCAAUUAUGAGAUCACAAUCUACAAAUCAAAUGUAAAAUGCACUUCGGAACAUUGUUCGGGUAAACCGGUGACUGUGGUAGUAACGGAGAGUGCCCCGGCUGCGGUGGUAAUCACUUGUUCGAUUUAAGCGGCACUUCAUUUCGACAAAUGGCUAAUCCCGGACAAGAACAACCACUUCAAGACAGAGGAAUCAUCAAUGUUCAAUAUCAAUCGGUUCCGUGCAAUUUUCUGGGCACAAAUGUGGCGUUCCGAGUUGACCCGGGCUCCAACGAGAACUAUCUCGCGGUGGCCAUCGAAUACGAAGAUGGAGACGGGCUGACAGGUGUCGCCGUGAGGAAGUCCAACACGAAUGGUGAUUGGCUCCCGAUGACUUUGUCUUGGGGUGCCGUGUGGAAGGCUAACCUCAAUGGGAUUUCGCCACCGUUUUCCUUCAAGUUGACCGACUCCUCGAAAACUGUGGUGGCCGAAAACGUUAUUCCGGCCGAUUAUAGCUUCACGACCUACACAUCCAACGUCAAUUUUUGACGGUUCAACUGUUGGCUCGUUUAGUAUAAAUAAAUUAAUUACUAUGUAUUGUGGUAACCGACCCUAGAGGUAUUUUGUUAUUUGGGGGACACACUUUUUUUGUAUCUCGAGUGUGAAACUGAUGAGUGGUGUAGCAAAAGAGCUAGAAUGUAUGUAGAGGAGACCUUUUAAUGGUCAAGCCUCUCGGCUUUCUUCACUAAUAAUAAAUAAAGUUGAUGUUUUUUGUUACGCUAUAUUUUGAAAAUUAUGAUUAUGGUUCUGUAUCCAUAUAAUCCCAUUGCAUAUUUGAAUUGGAUUUUUAAAUUAUCUAGAUGUCAACAACAGUAUUUGGAUUAGAAAAGACAGUCAAUUAGUACCAAAAAUUCAAUCUCUGGAACCGUGUAAAAAAUUGAGAUGGUUUGGUUCGAAAAUUAUUAUUUUGCAGUUCGGUUCGAUUCGG